GUUUCUUAUGUUGCUGCACAAAACUGUAAUCCUACCUAUAAUGUGGCCUCUUCUGGUGAUUGUAUGAAAAAAUGCUCAGAGGAUACUGGUAAAUCCAUUUUCAAUGAUUAUACCACUGAUCCCGCAUCACCCAAUUUUAUUAAAUCUGUUGGUAUUUCUUGUUCCAAGGGUACUCCUGAUUACAUUGCUUUCAUGACCAAGGCUGGUACUUGCUGGUUAUCAUGUCCUAAGGAGCAACAAGAUGCUUACACACAGAAAGAAUUCAAGGAAUCAUGUACUUGGUAUAAUCAACACAAAGAUGAUAAGUGUGAC